AAAUCUGGGGUCUGAAACGAGCCAAGCCACUUCCAUGGCGGUAUGACUUGAAAGAAAAAAAAUCCUACCUUUUGGUUUUGUUUUCUUAUCCUUUCGUCUGUAGAACGGCCUCAUGUUCUCGACUUAGCCAAAGCAGAAACCAGAAAACAAAAAAAAUCUUGAUUUUGGAUAAUUUAACGCAAUGGAUGCUGCAAGGAACUUGCUUUCUUCUUCUCCUUCGUUUCAGACAAAGACCCAUCUCAAGAACACUCACUCUUCUCCCCCCUCUGUAAUGAUGCUUCGUGAACAGACGGUUCCUGCAGUGAGUUCACGUCACGUUUCUUCUAUAUCCAGACAUUUUCCUGCAUCGGUGCUCUCGCAGGAGCCACGGGAUGAGUACAAACCUUUGUCACACUCUUUCAAAGAAGACAGAACAUCCCAGGUAACUAUGGAAAGGAGGCAGUUAGAGGAUACGGUUUCAUCUCGAGAAAACGAGAAAUUUGAGCAGCGAAUGCUCAACUCGAUCUGUUUAUGGAACAUGUUACUAGGCUCGGUAACAGCUGAAAAGCAAACGUCUUCAGUGGUAUCGCCCUUGGAAGACGCUGAACCUUAUGAUGUGGUUGCAAUGGCUAAGGAAGCUUUAUCAGCGUCAAAACGGGCUGCAGUUUUGGCUGAAGACUCCAAACUAUACCCAUCUGAUACCGGGAAUCCUCUCUCUACAAGCUCGGGUGAGUCUUUACUUGAAGAGAGAACCAUAGUGAGAUCAAAACGUCUCCUACAAAGGCGGGCAAAGAACAGGAAGGCUCCCAAAUCAAACGCUUUGGAGAACGAGGGUUAUGUAUCGCAGCAAGUUAACGUUAAGAAGAAACUAAAACAAGGGCUCGAUCCGGAUGAUCCCCUCCAGCUCUUCUUGUGGGGUCCUGAGACGAAACAGCUUCUGUCUGCGAAAGAAGAAUCGGAGCUAGUAGGACAGAUACAGGAUUUGAUAAGAUUGGAGAAGGUAAAGAGAAAGCUCCAAUCCGAAUAUGGUCGGGAACCGACAAUAGGUGAAUGGGGCGAAGCCUUGGGAUUAAGUUGCCAAGCCUUGAAGUCUGAACUUCACCGUGGCAGAAGCAGCCGAGAGAAGCUGAUUACUGCAAACCUACGUUUGGUCGUUCAUAUCGCUAAACAAUAUCAGGGACGUGGGCUCAAUCUUCAAGACAUGUUGCAGGAGGGAAGCAUGGGCCUAAUGAAGAGUGUGGAGAAGUUCAAGCCACAAUCCGGCUGCAGAUUUGCUACAUACGCCUACUGGUGGAUACGACAGAGCAUACGAAAGGCUAUAUUUCAGAAAUCGAGGACAAUCCGGUUACCGGAGAAUGUGUAUGCACUUCUGGGCAAGGUAACAGAAGCCAAAAGAACGUUGGUCAACGAGGGAAAUCAUCGCCCGGGUAAGGAAGAACUGGCGAGACGGGUUGGGGUUUCAAAGGAAAAGCUGGAGAAACUGAUGUACAAUACAAGAACGCCUCUUUCUAUACAACAGCCUGUUUGGGCUGAUCAAGAUACCACCCUUCAGGAAAUCACGGCAGACACGGCGGUUGAGACACCGGACAUGAUUGUAGGAAAGCAGCUGAUGAGGAACCAUGUCCGGAACCUUCUGAGCGUUCUGAGCCCAAAGGAGAGAAGCAUAAUCAAGUUAAGGUUCGGGAUCGAUGGCGGGAAACCGAGAUCUUUGUCAGAGAUCGGAGCUAUUUACGGGCUCUCGAAAGAGAGGGUAAGGCAGUUGGAGAGCAGGGCACUAUACAGACUGAAGCAGAAUCUCACUAGCCAUGGACUCAAUGCUUAUGCUGAAUUUCUUGUGUAGCUUCUGCAGUAGCAUCUAUCACUCGGCUUCUAUACAUAUAUAUAUAUAUAUAUGUAUG